AUGUCGGACUACGUUCCGCUGGCAGCCCAGGCGGCGGUGAACCUGACCGGUGACACCACCACGCCGACCGGUGUCCGCCCCGCCACCAAUCCGGCAGUGACGCUGCGUUUGAUUUACGAUCUAGACGCUCUGGCUAAAAUUCUUGUCGACCCUGACAUUCCGCCGACACCGAUAGGGGACCCCCAAAAGCGACGCCCUAGCCAGCCGACGCAGCAGGAGGAAUCUUCGUCUAGCGAAGAAGAGGAGGAACCCCAGCCCAGUCCGGGACCUAGACGCCGACGUCGGCCGCUCACUCGAGUCGAGAGGGUUAGAAGAGAGAUAGAGGAGGCGUUGGCCGAGGACGAGGACGUGGAUGAGGAUAGGCUGCACGCGAGCGUCCUGCGAGGAGAGUUUACGGCGGCUGAGUUUGUGGUCGGGGAUCUCAGGAACAGCGACAUCGAAGUGCUGAUAGCCAAUGCCCUUCGCCACACGGAGACGCUCGAAGAAGGGUCGUCGUUGCGGCAGUACAUAUCGUUGAUACUAGACUACAAGCGCAGCCCUGUCGCCGCCCUUCCGCGGCCCCGUCGCCGCCCUUUCAGCGGCCCCGUCGCCGCCCUUCAGCAGCCCCGUCGCCGCCUUUCAGCGGCCCCGUCGCCGCCCUUCCACGACCCUGUCGCCGCCCUUUCAGCGGCCCCGUCGCCGCCCCUACCUGCGGCCUCGUCGCCGCCCUUCAGCGGCCUCGUCGCCGCCCUUUCAGCGCCCUGUCGCCGCCCUUUCAGCGGCCCUGUCGCCGUCCUUCCGCGGCCUUGUCGCCGCCCUUUCAGCGGCCCCGUCGCCGCCCUUCAGCGGCCCCGUCGCCGCCUUUCUGCGGCCCCGUCACCGCCCUUCUGCGGCCCUGUUGCCCGCCCUUUCAGCGGCCCCGUCGCCGCCCCUACCUGCGGCCCCGUCGCCACCCUUCAGCGGCCCCGUUGCCGCCCUUCCGCGGCCCCGUCGCCGCCCUUUCAGCGGCCCCGUCGCCGCCCUUCAGCGGCCCUGCCGAGCCGCCUUUGCUGCCAAGCUGCCGAGCCGCUGCGCCGCCGAGCCACCGAGCCGGUGAGCCGCCGAGCCGCCUGUGCUGCCGAGCCGCCGAGCCGCACUGCAGCCGAGGCGCCGCCGACUGUCGGCCUGCCCGGGUCCGCCUCACUUACCUGUGUUCUCACCUUUGACGCUGAGGGUCGGGCAGUUGACUUUGAGGUCUGGGUAGAUGAUCUGCAGCUUUUCCUACAGUGCGAUAGGGCAGACGGUCUCUCCCUGUUUGACCUCACUUCUGGUGCCUCUCCUGCCCCUGCUGCUGAUGCUGACGCCACUGUUCGCUCACAGUGGGCCACGCGUGAUGCUGCUGCUCGCCUUGCUGUGUGCCGUCACUUACCGACCACUGAGCGUGCACACUUUAGCCAGUACAAGACUGCUCAGACCUUGUACGACGCUGUAGUUGCACGCUACUCCUCCCAUGCCACUGCUGCACUGAGCCGCCUCACGCUACCGUACCUCUUCCCUGACCUUGCUGCGUUUCCCAUAGUCGCUGACCUCAUUACGCACCUCCGCACUAGUGAUACUCGCUACCGCGUUGCGCUUCCUGCUGAGUUCUGCGCCAAGAACCCCCCCCCCCAUGUACAUCACCCUCUACUACAUAGUCACCCGGCUCCCUGA